CACCACCAUUUAGUGUCCUUUGCCACUGUCUUCCCCAUACUUUCAUACUCAACCACCCAACACCCUCCACUGGCGCCACCCUCCAUCACUACACACGCUGCCAUUGCUAUUAUCGCCAACAAUUAUUCUUUCUUGCAAUGGUGGUAUUAGAAUAUAGCUAGAGUGCAAGGACCAAAUCUUCAAAUACUUCCUAGUUAGUUAGAAGAGUUAGUCUUGUGUAUAAGUAUCAGUGUCUUUGUAAUGUUCAAUUAACUUUUUACAAUGUAAACCUUUACCCUUUGCUAGGGCUUCUAUUAGCUUUUGGGUUUGGGUUUACAACUUUAUCAUGGUAUCAGUAGACAAAUUUCCGCAUCUCUUUCACUGAUUUCAUCAAUUGCCCACUGCAAUUGAUCAUCUUUUUGACUGAUUUUAUCAAUUGCUCCCUGCAAUUGAUCUUUGCUUUUGAUUCCAGUUUCCGUUUCGAUUUCGUUCUAGUUCCUUGUGAUUUCCAGAAUCAUUACUCUGUUUCCUAAUCUUCAAGCUCGUUUCUUGAUGAUUUCAGGGCGGAAACCUCCGAUUCACCAUCGCCACCGUCAUCGCCUUCGAUAUACAGCGUUCAAUCAGCGGAAACCACCGCCACUGUCAUUGAUCUCAGUUCAUCUUCAUCAUCGAUUUGAGCCUUCUUUUCUCAUUCACAGAGGGUUUGAUUUUGGGGUUUUCUACUUUUCUUCGAUCAAUCUGUGAGCUUCACUGCGAUUGCUUCUUCAAGCUUCGGUGGUUGAGCUUCUGAGUUCGUCUUCUUUGUCGCGUGCUUCAAAUUCGCGAUUCUUCAUCACUGCCUGCAAGAUUGAAUUUCAGAUUCUUGAUUUCUGGUGCAUUCAUCCAUGGCGGCUCCUGGGAUUCCGUUACCGUUCCGGCACCAUAUUCACAAUCAAGAGUAUCCAUCUCGAUUCUUGAAGCUUCAACCAAGAUCUUUCGAUCUUUCAUCAAAUUCUUAUUGCGAUUCUGGAGAAUGCAUGGUUUUUGAUUUUCAAGCUCGAGUGUUGAGCUUCCAUGGCGGCUAUCCGUCAUCAUCACCGUUGACUGGUUCUACGGUUCAUCAGUUCGAUCUGCACAGGUUCUUCAAUGGAGUUAUCUUCUUCUCCGACCAUUGCAACAUGAACUUCAUCGGAGUCAUCGACUUCUCCGAUUCUCAACGCCACCGGAGUCAUCUCCUUCUUCGGUUGAAGUCUCUUCCCGGUGUCCAUAGGAGAUUCCGAUCGAUCCUUUCGUUGCUUGGCUCCUUCAGAAAGGGCUUCUUGGAUUCUUCUUCAUUUUCGGCAUCGUCUCUUCUGCACACAGAUUCAUGGUUUGUGCAUCAACCCUCUGCCAUUGUUGUUCAGCCUGAGAUUGUCUAUGAUCACACUGUUUCACAAGUUGUGGAGGUAACAAUUUUCAAGACUGAAUGUUCAUUUUUAAUGACUGAAAUUCAUCAAUUUGUGAAACUCUGGUUUGGAUUAUGGAAUCAUUUUCUUGUUUGGCCGAUUGUUUUGAUAUUGGUGUUUGAUCCUGGAGGAUUUUGGCUUUGUUCACAAGAUGUUUGUGAAAAGUUUUUAGAGAAUUUUUUCAUGAAAGUUCAGUUUGAUAUUAGAGGGGUUUUCUGUUGUUCACAAGUUGGUUAUGAUAAUUAAUGCCACUGGAAUUCACGAUGUAUAUGUUAUUGUUCCUGCUUUAUCAACACCUGAUGAUAAUAGAGUUGUUACUUUGGAAGUAUAUGUCUAUGCAAGGAAAUCUUCUGAGAUUGGGAUUGUAGAAGCCAUUGUAGAUCUUCAGCAUCCAGGACUUAGCUCCCCUGAUCUGGUUUUCACAUGUAUCACCUUCAAGAACAUUGUUGUAGAUGAUGAACUAUGUAACUUCAUUACUGUUACAUGUGGUAUUGAUGCAGUCCUCAGCUAUAUGAAUGACAGUGGUGCACAAGGCAACAAAGUUGUAAUCACAGAUUGCUGCACGUUAUUUUUUGCCUGAAAGAAUCCAAGAUUUCACUCGAUGAAGAUUCUGAAUUUCCUUUUCUUUUACAAGAUGUUUAUCCUCAAAGUUUGCAUAGAGAGUACCAGGUAACCGUUUUGGUUGUGAGAAUUCAGAAUCUAACACAAGUGAGAUAGAUAUUGCCUCAUGCAAGGGAGUGGAAACUGAACUAAAUCAGCCAAGAGUGCAAGUCUCUUCUCCCUGGAUCUCUUCUGGGAAGCUGUUUGGCCUUGUUUUUUUUUUUUUAGCAAAAGGACCAGUUACAAGUUCUGUUGUUUAGCCAUUGAGGAUUGCACUAGGAAAUUCUAUCAAUUUAGCUAGAGUGCAAAGAAGUCAGAGUUCUCUUUCCUGCUGUACUUGCAUUGUUAUUGGUUCUGGUUGUCUCACAUAGGUAAGCAUUCAUGCUGGGCUUGUUCUUCUGGAGCUACAAGGGAUCCAAAAGCUAGCUCUGAGUAGAUUCAGCCUUGUUUUCUUAUGGUUUGGCAUCUCAGUUCCACUUGUGUUUGUUGGUGGUCACAUUGAUUUUAAAAAAAAGUGAUCUAGGAUCUUGUGGAGACAAGCAAAAUCCCCUGGCAGAUACCAGAGCAGCAUUGGUACAUGAACUCAUCAUACUCAUUGUUACUUGUGCUGCGAUCACAAUACUUCUUUGCUACUUCCAGCUGUGUAGUGUUUUUUUUUAGUACUUUUGUUCCUUGUAUUUCAGCUCUGUUGUGUAUUGGAUAGUUAUGUUCUCAAGCUUGGUAGUGUUAAUAUUAACCACUUCCAAGCUUGCGGGGAUAUUAGAAUAUAGCUAGAGUGCAAGGACCAAAUCUUCAAAUACUUCAUAGUUAGUUAGAAGAGUUAGUCUUGUGUAUAAGUAUCAAUGUCUUUGUAAUGUUCAAUUAACUUUUUAAAAUGUAAACCUUUACUCUUUGCUA